GUCCAUUACGGAGAGUAGAAGAUGAGACUGACGGUUGCAGCUAUCGCCCUUGGGCUGGUCGCCCUGGCCAGCGGUGCUUACUAUCCCGCUUCCCAGCCAGUUACCGGCGUCAAGUAUGCCGACAAGGAUUUUCUGUUCAAGCAGAAGUUCUUCUUUGAGGUGCUGAGGAAUAUCCAUCUUCCUCUGCAGUACCAGGAAUACUUGCCCUACACCCAGAGCUACAUCACCGAGGAGAGCAAAUAUGUGAACUUCGCUGAAGUAGUCGAGUUCUUCGAUUACUAUAAGGCAGGAUUCUUGGGCAAGGGCGAGCUGUUCACCAUCUACAACAACGAGUACAUGAAGCAAACAUACCUGCUGUUCACGUUCUUGUACAACUCCGUGGACUUUGACACUUUCUACAAGAACGUGAUCUGGGCUCGCGAGAAUGUGAACGAAGGAAUGUUCAUUCAUGCCGUCACGAUGGCCGUGUUCCACCACCCGCAACUGAAGGGCAUUGUACUACCGGCCAUCUACGAGAUCUACCCGUACUACUUCUUCAACACCGACCUCAUCCACAGCGUAACUUUCCGCAAGCUGUACGACCAGAAGUUCGGAUUCGUUAGCAACGGCAAGUACAACGUUGUGUACUCGAACUAUACCGCCGUCUAUCCAGUGGAAUACUAUGGCGAGGACAAGCUGUCGUACUUCACGGAGGACUUCGGUUGGAACGCGUACUACUACUACUUCAUGAUGGACUACCCGUACUUCAUCGGUACCGAGAAGUUUAACCUGAACAAGGACCGUCGCGGCGAGCUAUACAUGUUCAUGUAUCAGCAGCUGAUUGCCCGCUACUACCUGGAACGUCAGGUGAACUUCAUGGGACCGAUCGAAGAGUUUGAUUACCAGUUCCCGCUCAAGACGGGAUACUGGUCGAAGCUCAGCUAUUACAACGGAAUUCCGUUCUACGUUCGCAACGAUUACUACACCAUCUCGAAGGACUUCUACUACCAGGUGAACUUGCUUAAGGACUACGAAGCUCGUAUCCGCCAGGUGAUCGAUAAGGGAUACUACUACCUCGAGGACGGAUCCAAGAUCGAUCUGCGCAAACCAGAGUCGGUGGAAUACGUCGGAAACAUGGUCUUCGCUAACAUUGACAGUGUGGACAAGGAUUAUUUCGGUUACUUCGAAAUCAUUGCUCGUCAGCUGUACAGUGGUGGCAAGAAGUUCUACAACUACUUCCCGAGCGCUCUGAUGCACUUCGAAACCUCGCUGCGUGAUCCUUUCUUCUAUCAGCUGUACAACCGAUUCCUGACGUUCUAUUAUCAGUUUAAGAGCUACCUGAAGCCGUACACCUACGAGGAGCUGUACUUCAAGGGAGUCGAGAUCAAGAGCGUUGUCUUUGACAAACUUCUGACUUACUUCGAAUACUACGAUGCAGAUGUAAGCAACGUUAUUCCGAUCAAGGGAUCCAGCGAGAAGUUCUUCGAUUUCUCGGUGUAUGCUCGUCAGAAGCGCAUCAACCACAAGCCAUUCUCCUACACCAUGGAUGUAUACUCCGAGAACGCCGGCAAAGGUGUUGUUCGCGUCUACUAUGGCCCGAAAUUCUACGACGUUAAGCAGCUCCAGUAUCUGAAGAAAUAUUUCGUUGAAGUCGAUCAGUAUCUGUACGAUUUCGUCGCCGGUAAGAACACCAUCGUUCGCAACUCGCGUGACUUCUACUACAGCGUCCGUGACCGCACCACGUACACCGAGUUGUACAAGAAGAUCAUGACCGCGUACAACGGUGGAGAAAAGUUCGCCCUGGACAACUCCGAGGCUCACUGUGGCUUCCCCGACCGGCUGCUGUUGCCCAAGGGUCUGCCAAGUGGCUACGAGAUGACGUGGUAUUUCAUUGUGACUCCGUACUACGCACCGAAGGUGCAGCAGUUCUCGACCUACGAU